GGCCUAUUAAAUACCAGGACAUCGGCGAGGAAACUUGAACAAGCUACUCUCCAUCGCUGAGUCAGGACAUAACUACUGAUUCAUGGAGGAAACGGGACACAUUGCAGGCGGAACAUGGAAACUUGUCCGGUCGGAAAAUUUCGAACAGUAUUGCAAAUGUUUAGGUGUACCCUUCUUUAAGAGAUGGCUGAGCGCGUUAAUUUAUCCAUGCCAGAAAAUCUGCGUCACCAGAGGGCGCUGGUCUAUAUUAACGUCUUCCUUCGUCAAACAGACAGACGUUCAACUGACCGUGGGACAAGACUGCACGUGGCCAACCUUCGACGGACGAAUGAUUCGGACUUCGGUCAUCCUGGAAAACGGGCGGCUUGUCCUGCGUCAGUUGGACCCGCCCUUUGCCAAGAUAACCCGGGAAUUUGACGAGGAGACGAUGAUAAUGACCCUCGAAGUAACGGAUGUGAAAGCUAGACGAAUAUAUAAGAGACAAGAAACACCUACAACAGAUUUGACAAACGGUCAAGUGUCCGGUUGGUCAAGGACUCUUUUAUUUGUAUCGUUGUGUUUCUCAACGAUUUCUAUCGCCUGGUAUUGGAAGAUGGCGCCUCCUCCCUGGGCGUGAUCAUUGAUGAGCUGUGUUUAUUGUAAAUACCAUGCAAUUUUAUAUUCAGUGUAUGUACUUCAAUAGGCAAUCGGGGAAUGUCGGCAAUUUCCGUAAUUUUCUCGUUUACGGAAAUUGCCGAUAUUUCCGAUUACAUGUACCUCAACAUUGUGUGUCCACUACUGUAAGAACAGUCUCAGUUCCCGAUGGAAUUCCCGGGCCUAAGUAGUGUACAACAUACUGUCAACAUUCUCGAAAGGGUGUACAAUCCUGAAUCCGAAAUUAGGUGUGCGCUACAGAUCGUAAUAUAUCUUACUGUAAAGGUAUAUCUAUUGUCUGUCAAUUGUCGUCGAGGUAUCUUGUCAUUAGCGAACCAUGUUGCUGCUAAAAGUGUAAACCUAGUAAAAUGGACAUUAAUGAUGAGCGCUUCUUCAUUGGUAAUAUGAUUCGUCUAGGUAAAAUUAAAUUCAUGUCACGUUCUAAAAGAGGGAACCGGAGCAGUGACAAAGAAAUGGCAACGUGCAAUAAUGAACUUAAAACUUAAAAAAGUGACCAACUCCUAACGACACCAUAAUGGUUGUCAUUAAAUCUAGACAACUGUCUUUAUUUAAAGUAUCUGCGUCUCUCGAUAGCAUGUUUGGUUCCGUGAAUCGCGUUAUCAUUGAUGUCUACCUAAAUUUAUGUAUUUUACUAAACUAUGUUUUACAAUUAAAUAAAUAAACUUA